AUGGCGAGCCCGCCCAAUGUUCCAGAGGAACAGAGCCGCUUGCUUGAAGAUGCCCUCGGGGUUGUACGACAGCAGGCGCAUAUGAUGCGAAGAUGUCUGGAGACACCGGGGAAGCUCAUGGAUGCGUUGAAAUGCGGGUCGACGUUUGUUUCCGAACUCCGUACCCCUAGUCUCGGCCCGAAGCAAUACUACGAACUGUACAUGGCUGUUCAUGAUGCUCUCCGCCAUCUAUCCGUCUACCUCAAAGAGAACCACCCGGUCAAUCAUCUCGCCGAUUUGUACGAGCUAGUGCAAUAUGCUGGAAAUAUCAUCCCGCGCCUGUAUCUUAUGAUUACUGUCGGAACUGUUUAUAUGGGCAUUGAGGAUGCGCCGGUCAAGGAAAUCAUGAAGGAUAUGAUGGAAAUGAGCAGAGGUGUUCAACAUCCAAUCCGUGGUUUAUUCCUGCGAUAUUAUCUAUCUGGCCAAGCCAAGGAUCAUCUACCCACCGGCACCGAAGAUGGCCCGCAGGGCAACAUACAAGAUUCUAUUAGUUUCAUUCUGACUAAUUUCGUGGAGAUGAAUAAACUUUGGGUGAGGCUACAACACCAGGGUCAUUCGAGGGAACGAGAAAUCAGGACACAGGAGAGGAAAGAGCUGGAGCUCCUGGUUGGAAGUAACUUGGUGCGACUGAGCCAAUUGGUAGAUCUGGAAACUUAUAAGUCGAUAAUACUCCAGCCUCUGUUGGAACAGGUUGUACAAUGCCGUGAUGUAUUGGCGCAGGAGUACCUGCUGGAAGUAAUGACGAAGGUCUUCCCAGACGAAUACCAUUUACAUACUCUUGAUCUCCUACUCUCCGCCAUUGCCAGACUAAACCCUCAUGUUGAUAUGAAGAAAAUUGUGAUAGGUUUAAUGGACCGUUUAUCUUCUUAUGCCGCACGAGACUCGGACAAUAACAAUACCCCAGAGAAAAAGAAGCAAUCAGAAGAGGAAGCGACUGCUAGAUUGCUGGAAAAAUUGCGGUUAGCCAAGGAGAAUGAAGCAGCAAAACCUGUUGCUAAUGUGGAAGUUUCUGGAGAGGAUAAGGAAGACACAACAACAGAGUCCAACAAGGAACCAGAUGCCACAGAAAAUGGAGAACAAGAACUCUCACCCGUUGCCAAUGGUGAAGAGGACGUUGGAUCGAAAUCCAAACUAACAGUCGCUAUCAAGCUCUAUGAAAUAUUCUUCGACCAAGUUGUGAGCUUAGUCAGAACAAGAAACCUUCCGAUACAAGACACGGUAGCUCUCUCGGUAUCACUGGUGAAUCUAGCACUGAACAUUUACCCGGCGCGAUUAGAAUACGUUGACCAGGUUCUCGAAUAUGCGACGAAGAAGACAUUGGAGUAUGCCGAUACCGCUGACCUGCAUUCCAGUGCUGCACAGUCAAAUCUCUUAAAUCUACUCCUUGCGCCAAUACGUGCAUAUAUUUCCAUUUUCACAGCGCUUUCACUUCCCAAUUAUAUCCCACUAUUUGCGGCUCAGCCGUACUCCACACGAAGAGCUGUUGCUGGCGAGAUUGCCCGGGGGAUUUUACGAAACCGGACAAUAAUUUCGACAUCGGAACACCUGGACGGUGUGUUACAGAUAUUGAGAGUUUUAAUAAAGGAGGGUAUGCAACAGCCUAUUGGCUAUCCAGGUGCUCCGCAACAACGGCGCUCAGGAGAGACGGAAGAGACAAUUGAGGAACAAGGAUGGCUGGCACGGCUUGUCCACUUCAUCCAAGGCCCGGAUAAUGACACUCAGCUCAAGCUCCUGCAAGAGACAGGUAAAGCUUUUUCAGAAGGAAACGAACGCAUUCGAUACACUACCCCUGCUUUAAUUACUUCCUCCUUGAAGCUAGCUCGUAAAUAUAAGCUGCGCGAGCAUUAUGAUGAUAACUGGCAGGCACAAUCCUCCACACUCUACCGAUUCAUUCACAAAUGCGUCAGCAAUUUAUAUCAACGAGUAAAUCCCGGAUGUGCUGAGCUGUCUCUUCGCCUCUUCGUCCUUUGUGGCCAAGUGGCUGACCAGUGUGGCUUCGAGGAAUUCAGCUAUGAAUUUUUCGCACAAGCAUUCACUAUCUACGAGGAUUCCAUAAGUGAUUCUCGAGCACAGUUCCAAGCUGUAUGCAUUCUCGCGAGCGCACUGCACGGAACGAGGGGAUUUGGAAAAGAAAAUUAUGAUACUCUCAUCACCAAGGCUGCGCUGCACGGCAGCAAACUAUUGAAGAAGCCAGAUCAAUGCCGUGCGGUGUACCUGGCAAGUCAUCUUUGGUGGGCCGUUGAGAACCAGCAGAAAGAGGACGAAGAUGCGAAAGAUCUAUAUCGUGAUGGCAAACGCGUUCUAGAAUGUCUCCAAAGAGCUCUACGAGUCGCGGACGCAUGCAUGGACACAGCAGUAUCCGUGGAGCUUUUUGUCGAAAUUCUGAACCGCUACGUAUAUUAUUUCGAUCAAGGGAAUGAGACCGUGACUACCAAGUACCUGAACGGGCUCAUCGAACUCAUCCACUCGAACCUCGAAACCAGCCAGAAUGACGGCGUGCCAAACUCCAGUCUUGAUAAUCCGAAGCGCCAUUUCCAGCGCACACUGGAUUAUAUCAAGUCGCGAGAGUAUGAGGGCAUUGUGACGGAACCGAGGAUAUAA